AUGACAGAAAAUCCACCCAUUAAUAGACAUUUCCGAUUGAUUUCUGUCAAUUUCAAAGAAGCAGCAUUAGAUUCUCCAAGUUUUAGAGCUUCUAUCAAUCAUCUAGAUAAUCAAUUGCUAAAUAUUUCACAAUGGAUUCCAGCAGUUUUGAGUUCCAUGAAGAAAGUACCCAAGAAAAUCAAUGAAUUGAAGGCAUAUUUGACAAGUUUUAUUGAACAAUUAUCUCCAGGUUUUGUUUAUGAUGGUGUUCUAGAUCAAGAAGUAACUGUACCUUUAUUGAAACAAUCAUUGGGCGUCAAUAAGCAAUUAUUCAACAUUUGUAUGAUCUUCAUAAAUUAUGAUUCUGCUCCUUUAAUGGCUUUCAAUAAAACUUUCACAAAACUUUAUGAAGAAUAUCUUGUAUUGAAAGCAGAAUUUGAUACUUUGCAAGCCAAAUAUGAUCAAUAUUUGAGUGUAUAUAUGGCAAGUCCUAAAGUUAAGAAUAGUGAAAUGGCAAUUGAGGAUGCUAUACAAUUGUUUAAUUGUCGAUGUGAUUAUCUACAUGCUUCAUUGAAUAUGGUGGUAAAGCAAACGGAAAUUUCCAGUGUGCUUGAUAUUGAAUUUAUCAGUAUAGUGUCAAACGCCUGGAGUGAUAAAGUUAAAGCUGAUUCAAGCAUAGGGAUGUUGAAAGCUUUUGAAAGAGAAAGUUUUACAAUAUUAAGAUCUAAAUCUUGGUCUAUGGCCUAUUCUAAUGCUAUGAGAUAUUUAGCUGAAGAUGUAACAUCAGCUAGAACUCAAGUAGAAAACUCAUCAAUUGAUUUGUUCGAACCUUCAAAACAUCCUGACGAUUAUAAAUCUACAUUAAUCAAUAACCAUACUUUGGACGAUAUUGAUGAACCGGCUUUUGAAAAACACGGUUAUCUUUUAAUGAAAACUUGGGUAACGAGUUCUCCUAAGCCAAUUUGGGUUAAAAGGUGGGUCUUCAUUAAAAGUGGUUUAUUAGGGAUGUUAAUUUUAUCUCCAUCCAAGACUUUUGUUCAAGAAACCGACAAAAUUGGUUUACUUUUGAUGAAUGUAAGAUAUGCUGCUCAAGAAGAUAGGAGAUUUUGUUUUGAACUUAAAACAGUUGAUCAAACCAUUACUUUACAAGCGGAAAGUUUAUUGGAGUUGAAAUCAUGGCUAAAAGUUUUUCAGAAUGAAACUCAAAGAAUCACCAGCUUAGGUGAAACUCUGGAGGAAUAUAAAGUAGCCAGUUCGAGAUAUCCACCUUUAAUUACGGAAUUUGCUUCUACGGUAGAUACCAUCAUUGAUAGACAAUUGACAAAUACCCGUAUAAAAAAUGAUAAUGGACAAGUGAUAACUUCGAGUAAUUUGUCUUCCCGAAUCAAAUCCAAUGAAAAAUUCUUUCAAACCAGUCUUUACAGUCGAAUUCCCUCAAUUAAACCUCCACUUAUAACUAGUAAUACCAAAACAGCUAUUAUUUCAUAUUCCAUUGCUGCUGCAACUGCCUUGCCUAAUGCAUUGACGGCCAAUACAUGGGGUAGUGUCAAUUGGGGUUUAUAUUACUUACAAAACUCCUUGAGUGAGACUGAUAUGCCGCAAAAUAUUUAUAACGGGGGUGGUGACCCUGCCAUUCCUCAAGAACCAAAAGACGCUAAUGGAAGACUUUUCGAUAUCAAACCUGGGUUUGGGUAUCCUGCUGAAUAUCCUGAAAGCAAAAUAUCAUUGGAUGUGGAAAUGAGAGCUUUGUUCGAAAGUGGAGUGGAACCCAAUGAAAUAUGUCUUCUUUCCUUUACUUGUUUAUGGUCACCAAAUUCCAGUCAAGAAUUGUGCUGCAGAUGCUUCAUUACCAACAACAACAUGUUACUCUGUAAUCAAGCAUUAGGAUUCACUUCAUUAUUUAAAACUCCCUUGAGUAAGAUUAUGUCUGUUAACUCAACCAUAGGAGAGAAUUAUGAUGUCUUGUCUAUCAAUGCCUAUACCGAUUCUAUAAAAGUGAAAAUCUUCACCGAGCCAGGGAAAUUGAUUGAACAUCAACUACAAUUCAUAAUCAAUAAUCGAUUAAAAGACAAACCAGAAGGUCUUUCAGGGAUUUUGAAUUCUUUGGCCACUUUAGAACGUGAACACAUCAAUAAUGACAAGUCAAUUCUGGCUGUUAAUACCUUAUUGCUGAAGAGUGAUACACUGAAGGUAAACUUACCUUCGAUUGUCAAGACUGACCUCUCGAAUGAAGUUCAACAAUUCACAGUUGAUUACGCUAAUGAGACUCCAUUGCAUUCAGUACAUGAGUAUACUAUACCGGCGAAAGCCAUGUUUCAUGUAUUGUUCGGUGAUAACUCUACCAUUAUUCAAAGUUCUACUGAAGCAGAAGUUUUGGAAAUACAAAAGAAACCAUGGAGUCUUGCUAAAGAUGGAAAGUUGACUAAAUGUCUCAUGACAACAACUCACAGAUCAGGGGUGGGGAACAACAAGAUUCUUGUGACCUACAAAAUUGAGAAGAUGGUGGAAGACCAAUACUAUAACAUCACAUAUGACAGGAAAUCAUUUGUGAUGUUUGGAUCUCGAUUCCAAGUUAAUUACCGUAUAGUGAUUCAAAGUGUUAAUGCGGAUAUGUGUACUGUAAGAAAUUAUUCGUCAACAACAUUUGAUACAAAUAUCCCUACUAAUUUGAUUGCCAGAUUAAUAACAAACAAAUUCCAAAAACACGAAUUAAAGGUUCGUCACGAGAAAUUGACUGAGGUCUGUAAAAUGAUAGGUAAGGAUGCUCCUUUGGCUAGAGCAAUCUAUUUAUAUGGGCAGUUAACCCAAUCUGGUAGUCCACUUGAAGAUGAAGCAGAAACUCCAAUCUGCCGAUUCGGUUUCAGAGUGGCAGCCAUAAACUUCUGUAUUAGUCCAUUAUACCAAGUAUUCGUGACUGUAUUCAAAUUCCUAAUGGGAAUACUCGAUAUCAUUCUUGGUUAUUUAAAAGAAAUCACUGCCCAGAGAUUAUUAUUAGCAAUGAUAGUGUUCUUGACCAUGUCCAAUAUCUUCUUCUUAACCAGAACAGCUAAGAGUUACUGGGCGGUUCGUAGAGCCAACCAAGUAUCAGAGACUUUAUUCAAUGGCGCUCCUGCCAUGUUACAAAGAGCUGUUUACUUGAAAGAUCUCCAAGAUAUCACAGGUUUCGCCGUUAGUGAUUAUGAAUUAGCUGAAGAUUCUAAAACGUUAGAAGAAUUCAAGAAAAAAUCAUUCAUAAUCAAUUUCGGGAACACUGUAGAUUGGAAACAAGAAUAUACUGAUAUCUCUACCAGAGAGUUUGCUCAAGGUUUGAGGAAAACAUUCCAAGAAAUUGGGAUCAAACGUCAUAAGUUAUUGAUCGAGUUCAAUCUCUUGAAUCAAAUGGAAACAGAAAUUGCUAAAAGUGAAUGGAAAAACUGGUUAAUGAGUGAAUUGCAAAAAUGUUCUUAUCUCAAUGAUAACAGUCUACAUGAAAUUUUGCAAUCCAAUAUCAAUGAAACUGACCUAAGCGAAGGCUUGGAUUCGUUGAAAUCAUAUUGUGAAAGUUGUUCGUUAGAACUUUCAAAAUUAAAUAUUUUAUAA